AUGAAGAUCACUAGCUUUGUGUUUGUUUGCUUGGUAGUAUUGAGUGUUAUUGGGGUUUGUCGAGGGGGUGGUCUCAGGAAGGAAUUCUACCAAAAGACAUGUCCUCAAGCUGAAGAAAUUGUCAGAAACAUCACCUGGAACCAUGUCCCAAGCAACCCUAACUUGCCUGCUAAGCUAUUGAGAAUGCAUUUUCAUGACUGUUUUCUCAGGGGUUGUGAUGGUUCAAUUUUAAUAAAUUCGACUGCAAAUAGCACAGCGGAGAAAGAUGCAAUUCCAAACCUAACUUUGGCAGGAUUUGAUGUUAUUGAAGAGAUAAAAUCAGAGAUAGAGAAAGCAUGUCCAGGAAUUGUAUCCUGUGCUGACAUCCUGGCCUUAGCUGCUAGAGACUCGGUUUCCUUCCAGUUCAAAAAACCAUUGUGGCCAGUGCUUACUGGCAGAAGAGACGGCAUCGUUUCUCUAGCUUCCGAAGUCUCUGACAACAUUCCUUCACCUUUCGCCAAUUUCUCCACUCUCUUGCAAAAUUUCAAGAACAAGGGACUCAAUGUCCAUGAUUUAGUCGUGCUAUCAGGUGGACACACAAUUGGACGAGGACAUUGCAAUCUCUUUAGCAACAGGCUUUACAACUUCACUGGAAAAGGCGACCAAGAUCCAACUCUCAACUCCACCUACUCUGAAUUCUUGAAAACAAAAUGCCAAAGUAUUGCCGACAGCACCACCACUGUAGAGCUGGACCCUGACAGCUCUUUAACCUUCGAUAAUGAUUACUUCGUUAUUCUAAAGCAGAACAAGGGCCUUUUGCAAUCUGACGCAGCUCUUCUAACAAACAAGAUUGCAAGCAAAAUUGCUGGAGAGUUGCUUCGUUCGAAUGUUUUCUUCAGAGAGUUUUCACAGUCCAUGAAACGGAUGGGAGCAAUUCAGGUUCUUACUGGCACUCAGGGGGAAAUCAGGAACAAGUGCAGCGUUAUCAAUUCUUGAUUCUUGACAGAAAGAGUUUUUCUGUCUGCAUUUACAAUUUUCUUGAUUAAUUAUUUUCUUUUGUAAUGUCUUGAAUUGUGGAUUUAUUGUUGUGUAUGUGUUAUGAUUCGUUUGUGUGA